UAGUGUUUUUGGAUUUUAAUUUUGUUAAAGGACACUCAGAUGAAACAGACAGAUCCAGUUAUGGAUUCAUUACAGGCUUACAGCUGAAGCACUGGAUUAUGAGACCCAUCUGUGUUUUUUAUUGGCAAGUUAGGGAGACUCAAACUUCAGGUUUUGUAUUGGGUGAAUGUGUCCUGAGCGAGUGGGCGCAGUCUUCUAAAACAUGUGUUGUUUUCCCCAGCAUGGUCAAUAGAGCUCAAUCCAAAAAGCUUGCUAUUGGUGUGAGAUUUCCAUUAUUUAAAAUUUGCAGCAGCUCCACAAAAGGAAGAAAACUAUCAAUAUACAAUCAGAAGCAUCAACUAGAUAGAAAACCUAGGAUGGUUGGCACGCGGUAUCUUCCCCCUCUGUUCAGUGUUGCACCGAUGAUGGAAUGGACAGAUACUCAUUAUAGGACUCUUGCCCGACUCAUUACGAAACAUGCAUGGCUGUAUACCGAAAUGCUUGCUGCAGAAACAAUUGUUUAUCAGAAGGAUAAUUUGGACAGGUUUUUAGCGUAUUCUCCGGAAGAACAUCCUGUCGUGCUUCAAAUUGGGGGAAAUAAUUUGGAAAAUCUAGCAAAAGCAACUGAACUAGCAAAUGCUUACGGCUAUGAUGAGAUUAAUUUUAACUGUGGAUGUCCUAGCCCGAAGGUAGCUGGACAUGGAUGUUUUGGUGUGCGUCUAAUGCUUGAUCCGAAGUUUGUUGCUGAGGCUAUGUCAGUGAUUGCUGCCAACUCAGAUGUUCCAGUCAGCGUUAAGUGCCGCAUUGGUGUUGACAACCAUGAUUCAUAUAAUGAGCUCUGUGAUUUUAUAUAUAAGGUUUCUUCGCAAUCUCCAACUAGGCAUUUCAUUAUACAUUCACGAAAGGCAUUGCUCAAUGGCAUUAGCCCAGCCGAUAACCGAAGAAUCCCUCCCCUGAAAUAUGAGUACUAUUAUGCCCUCUUGCGUGACUUUCCGGACUUGAGGUUUACUAUUAAUGGAGGCAUAAAUGGUAUCAAUGAGGUGAACGCUGCCCUAAAGGCAGGCGCACACGGGGUUAUGGUUGGACGUGCAGCCUACAACAACACUUGGAACACUUUGGGACACGUUGAUAGUGCUGUUUAUGGGGCACCUCAAUCCAAUGUUACACGUCGUCAGGUCCUUGAAAAGUACCAAGUAUAUGCGGAUUCUGUGGUACGGAAGUAUGGAGACAGACCCUCUGUUCGGGAAGUGGUUAAGCCUCUGCUUAGUCUCUUCCAUUCAGCACCUGGAAAUGGCUUGUGGAAACGAAAAGCUGAUGCUGCUUUACUGCAUUGCACGACAGUGAAGUCCUUUUGUGAGGAAUCUCUUGUGGUGAUUCCCGAUUUUGUUUUGGAUUCAACUGUUGGUGCGGCACCCUCUGGUUGUGUAGAUACUUUCGCGAAAUUAAGUAAUUCGCUACCUCCUCCAUAUGCCGCAAUACAACAUGAAGCCUUGCGUGCUUAGUUUGUACAAUGAAGUUCAUUUUUGUACUUGCCGAUGACUGUAUCCCUUUUCUGUUGAUCGGCCAAAGAAGAAAAUAGGAAAAGGAAAAAAAGAAGCCAAUGACUAAAUUUCCUUGUUAGAAAGAUCGUCUAAUUCUUUGGGAUAAGAGUCCCAUGUAACAAUUGCUGCAUCGAAUACUUGUCUGAUUAGUGUACUUAAAUUUUAACACUACACCUGAAGUCAGUGUAUAACAUUAUGCUAAUCUUUGGGUUAUGCCUUGAGCUAGAUGGGUGGAGUGCUAUUUUUGUUGAAGUCCUAGAUCUGUUUGACUGGUUGUGGGCUGAAUACUGUGUAGUCGUAUUGGACAGAUUUAAUUAAUUAAAGCUUUAUAUUUUUUUUGUGUCCAAA